AUGGACAAGCAAAAUAAAAUCGUCAUUAUAGGCGCUGGUAUUUUUGGCCUCUCGACAGCCUACCAGCUUGCAUCUGAGGGAUACAAAAAUGUGGUGGUGCUCGAUCGCCACAUGGCGCCGGUACCGGACGGAUCUAGCUCUGACAUUUCCCGUGUAAUUCGGUUCGACUAUGGGGAUGACGACUACGUAGAGCUUGCGUACGAUGCAUAUCUCAAAUGGCGCGAUAACCCCAAAUACAAGGGCAUUUUCUACCCUGCUGAUUACAUACUUGUCGGUAAAACCAGCCCGUAUGGAAAAGACUGGAUCCAAAAGACAACCACCGCCCUGAACAAGAAGAAGCUUCCUUGGAACACGCUUGAUAGUGUAGCUGACGCUAAGAGAAAGUUCCCUGUAUUGAGCGGAGAGCUCGCAAACCCUGGGUUCUUUGGGUACAACAAUCAUCAGGCUGGAUGGGCAGAUGCCGCAAAGGCUGUUGCACAGCUCCGAGAUGAUUGCUUUGAGCUCGGAAUUUCAUUUAUUUGCGGUCGUGCUGGAACAGUAACUGGAUUUGUCACCGACUCGUCCCGGGCUAUCAAGGGUGUUCGUACUCUUGCUGGCACCAGAUUUGAUGGCGAUCACUUUAUUUUAGCCGCUGGUGCCUGGUCAUCGGGCCUGGUCUCCACGUACAACUCGACUUUGUCAACAGCACAUAUACUGGGAUAUGUCAAACUUACGGAGGAAGAAAUGGAGAAGUACAAGGAUCUUCCCAUAUACACAAACUUCUCCACUGGAUGGUUCAACUUCCCUCCACAUAACGACACGAAGACAUUGAAGAUGGCUAUCCACGGAUGGGGAUAUACCCGUACACCGACCUCGGAGGACCUGAAUGCUAAUACGUCAAACGUCUCAGCGCCUCCUUUGAUUCCUCCCCGCGAGCGUAUCAACUUCAUCCCUGAAGAUGGUGAAACUCGUCUCAGAGAUGGUCUCAAAGAAAUUUUACCUGAGCUUGGAGAUCGACCGUUCGAAAAGGUAGCUUUGUGCUGGUAUACCGAUACACCCAGCGGGAAUUUUAUCAUGGACUGGCACCCAGACCACCCCAAUCUUUUUAUUGGAGGAGCUGGUAGUGGACAUGCGUUCAAGUUCCUACCGAUUCUGGGCCAUUAUAUGUCAUUGGCUCUGAAGGGCCGCCUACCAGACAAGUUAGCCCAGAAAUGGCGGUUCCGGAAAGACUAUGAAAAUGAAGGCGACACCUUCAAGGGAGAUGGUAGCCGUGGUGGCCCUCCCAGGCGUGAAUUGGAAUCUCAGGAGAAGGCAAAGUUGUGA